UGACUCCUAGUGAUCUGAUAUAUCAGUGAGGGGGCAAAAGCGAGUUGAACUUAUCAUUCCCACCAAAAUCUUUAACAGAUUGUCGCCAAUUGUUCUCAGGGUUUUGAGGAUGUCGGAUUUUAUCUUUUGAUUUCCUGAAGAAAACUAUGUUAUUGAGGAAUCCAGCAGUAAUUUUUUUAACUCUUGAGCUGAUUGUUGAUCAGAGUUGGAAAAAUGAUAUCUAUUUCCAGGUGUAUUAGGGUUUGUCAAUUUGCCAAACCCACAGGAGGAAGACCAAAUAUGAGUGAUUAUAGAAAUGCAUCGUAUUUGUGCCGUUUCCACAGUCAUUUGAGGCAUUUUGUUGUUUCUUCUCAAGAGAGAUGUUUUAGUAGUGGUAUUAGAAGAUUAAAGUUAGAAAAACAUCCAUUUUAUGGCGAAUUCGGGCGCAAUCAGAUGAAUUUUGCAAGAAAUAGUGGAGUAUACAAAGAGAUUAAUGGUUUUUUAUCAGAUACCCCUUCACCUUUGGGGAGCAAAACUUUUAGAGAACCUAAUUUGAUAUGUAAAGGAUAUGCGUUCUUCUCUUCAUCAGCUGGGGAUACAUCGAAUGGUAAACCAGUUGAAAAGAAAAUCGAAAAUAAAAUUGUGCAGAAAGAGAAAGAAGAAGCGGCAGAUAUACGUAUCUUAAAGACUCUUGCAAAGCAUUUAUGGUUGAAAGAUAAUUAUGAAUUCAAACUGAGGGUGGUAUUAGCAUUGGGUCUUUUAAUUGGAUCAAAGGUUUUGAAUGUUCAAGUGCCUUUCUUAUUCAAGUUAUCUGUGGAUUGGUUAUCAAAUGCAACUGGGACUGCUGGUUCACUAGCUACCUUCUCAGCUGCGAAUUCUACUUACUUAGCUCUAUUUGUGAGCCCUGUAGCUGUUCUUAUUGGCUAUGGAAUAGCACGCGCUGGGGCAUCUGCUUGCAGCGAACUGCGGAGUGCUGUAUUUUCUAAGGUAGCCUUGAGGACGAUUCGCACAAUUUCUACGAAGGUGUUUUCACAUUUGCAUGAUCUUGACCUUCGUUAUCAUCUCAGCCGGCAAACUGGUGCAUUGAACCGAAUAAUUGAUCGGGGCAGCCGCGCAACGAAUUUCAUUCUUGCAUCUAUGGUAUUCAAUGUCAUUCCUACCAUCUUGGAGAUUUCAAUGGUCGCAGGCAUACUGGCGUACAAAUUUGGAGCACCUUUUGCUUGGAUUACAUCCUUAUCAGUUGCUGCAUAUAUUGCUUUCACGAUAUCCGUGACGCAAUGGCGAAUUAAGAUUAGCCAGGUCAUGAAUAAGGCUGAUAAUGAUGCAAGCUCCAGAGUGAUUGAUUCACUUGUCAAUUACGAAACUGUGAAGUAUUUUAAUAAUGAGGAAUUUGAAGCUGAGAAGUACGAUGAGUUCAUAAAGAAAUAUGAGGACGCGGCUUUAAAAACUAGCAGCAGUCUUGCUUUUUUGAACUUCGGCCAAAACGUGAUAUUUAGCACGGCUCUUGCAAUGGCCAUGGUAUUGUGUUCACAUGGAAUUAUGAGUGGGGAGAUGACAGUCGGUGAUUUGGUUAUGGUGAAUGGGCUUCUUUUCCAGCUAUCUCUUCCUCUCAAUUUUCUUGGCGGUGUGUAUCGGGAAACCAGGCAGGGUCUUGUUGAUAUGAAGUCCAUGUUUCAGUUGCUAGAGGAAAGGGCAGAAAUUGCUGAUGCACACGACACGAAACCUCUAAGAUUGAGUGGAGGAAGCAUUGAAUUUGACAAUGUACACUUUGGAUAUCUAACAGAACGAAAGAUCCUCGAUGGGAUAUCUUUUACUGUGCCUGCUGGAAAAAGUGCUGCAAUUGUAGGAACUAGCGGCAGUGGUAAGUCCACCAUACUUAGAUUGCUGUACAGAUUUUUCGAUCCCAUCAAUGGAGCUAUAAGGGUAGAUGGCCAGCAUAUUAGGAAUGUGACUGUUGGGAGUCUACGGAAAUCUAUUGGCAUUGUACCACAAGAUACUGUACUUUUCAAUGAUACAAUAUUCCACAAUAUUUGUUAUGGACGGCUGUCCGCAUCAGAGGAAGAGGUCUAUGAUGCAGCUCGACGUGCAGCCAUCCAUGAUACUAUCAUGAAAUUUCCGGAGCAAUACAAAACUAUGGUCGGUGAACGUGGACUAAAGUUAAGCGGUGGCGAAAAGCAGCGAGUGGCCCUUGCUCGUGCAUUCUUGAAAGCACCUGCAAUCUUGUUAUGUGAUGAGGCUACAAGUGCUCUUGAUAGUACAACAGAAGCUGAGAUCCUAAAUGCGUUGAAAUCCAUAGCACAUAAUCGUACCUCAAUCUUCAUUGCACAUCGACUUACCACUGCAAUGCAGUGCGAUGAGAUUAUUGUUUUGGAGAAUGGGAAGGUGGUUGAACAAGGUCACCAUGAUGCUCUUUUGUUAAGAGAAGGGAGAUAUGCACAGCUCUGGGGACAACAAAACAACGCUGUUGAUGAAAGUGAUUCGACCAUUAAGCUAAAGGCUUGAGAAUGAUCUGUUCAAGUUUCCCAAUAAGUAACCGUAGGCUCUGGAGAAGUUGGACUGGAGCUCUCACUUGCUGGAUCUCUUUCGUGCUCUCUACUUGUAUCAUCACAGCAAAAAUAGAGGACAUAGAAGUUGAGGAGCUGGAAUGUCUGGCAUUGAAGGAAGCAGUUAGCUGGGCAAUUUCAAAGAAUCUGAGUGGUAUAUUUUUUGAGUCAGAUAAUGAAACAUUAAUAAAGUCUGUUAAUGAGCAUACAUUUUAUGUUAAUUGGAAGAAUCAAGGGUUAAUCCUUGAUAUUAUGUUUCUUUUAAAUAAAAUUAGUCAGUGGAAAUGUAUCUCUGCUAAGGGAGUUAGUAAUGGUGUGACCGAUAAGUAAUUCAUAUCCCCCAAUUAGUUUUGAUAUCCCCCAAUCGUGCGUUCUAAAAAUGAGCUUGUAUAUUUACUGUACUAUAUUUUAUGAUUAAUAUAAAUUACUCUUUCAAUCAGAAAAAUAAAUAAAA